CUGCCCGCUUCUCCUGCUCUUUCAGCGGUCCCUAAAAGUGACUCGUAACGGGGGAAACUGCUGCUCGACCAGCCUAAUGUAACCGUCCUCCUCCCCGGCAGUUUGAAGCAUGAAUCAUGGGACGGCGUUGCUGUGGAAACGACGGUAACUUUAUUACACUCGCAUUUAAGAUACGGUUUCUCUAGCAAAAAACAAACAAACAAGGAGUUAAAGCCUUUGUUUUGUGUCACAGUAGCUGGCUGGUUAGUUUUCCAGUUCAGCCUGUUGAUACAAUUGAUUGUCAUUGUAUAAUCAGUCCCCAUGAACACUGAAUCGGCUCAACAAGUGUGAUGAUGCUCCAGGAUGGGUCAUUACAGCUCCUUUGCCUCACAGCCAGCAGUGGGGUUCCUCUUUUCACAAGGGGAGCCUCCAAGCAGCUCCCCUUCUCGGUGAUCGGCUCCCUGAACGGUGUCCACAUGUUUGGAGGGGGUCAGGGAGUGGUGUUGACCUGCUGUGAGACCGCAGGCGGGGGGAAAGUAGUGUGGAGAGUUUUCCAGGACAGUGUGAUGCUCAUUGCUGUGAGUGGAGGAAGAGGAGGAGGUGGAGGUGGACAAGGAGGUGCAGGCAGCAGCAGCAAAGAGGAGGAGGUGCGUUUACAGCGUCUGUUGGAAAAUGUGUGGAGCUGCAUGGUGCUGGUGCUGGGUCAGGACGAGCUGGCCAAUGUGAGGAAUGUGGAGCGGCUGAAGAGGGACCUGCGCUCCUGCUUCGGCCUCAUCGAUCAGCUGUUGGAGGACAGGCAAGAGGGCAUCCUGGGUAACCUGACACACUGUGCUGACUCCCUGCUGCCUCCAAACCCGGCUCUCCUUCAAGAGGCUGUGGAGAAUUUCGCCCAAUCUGCAGACAGUGAGUUUGGUUGCCUCAUCGUCCAUGGGAAGAUAGCAGCUGCCACUGAAAAGUGGUGGCGCCUGGCACCCCAGGAAGUUGUGCUGCUCUCUGCUUUGAUGCGGUCCCUCUCAGCCUCUGGAUCAGCUUCUUGCGACUACCCAGUUUUCCUUCCUCAGGGCAGCCCCACUGUGGCCCACCGCCUGCUCCGCUUCCAGCUGCUCCCAGGGGCAGAUGUGUGCGUGCUGUGUGGCCCGACCCCGUCCCUGCACAGAGCUGAGAGUGGGCUGGUGUGCCGGUUCUGGUCUCCUUUGGUGGAGACUUUGAGAGACUGCUUGGCUGUUGGAGACCGCUGCUUACCUGGAUCUGUAUCUCUGCGUCCUGAUGUGCUGGCACUUCUUCUCAUCAACCGAGAAACACGACGUUCAGUGUCCUUAGUGCGAACUUCCACUAAUCACCCGCUUGGUGACCCUCCUUUGCCCUCCAAAGCCCGCUGCUGGGAACUACUGAAGCUCUUCUACAUCUUCAGUACGACACGCUACUUCAGCCAGGAGGAGACACUGGGCCCAGAGGAGAGGGCUCAGAGAGGCAACACUGAGGAUUUCGUCCUGGGAUUCUCUCACCAGCCACUUCAGUGCUAUUUAGUUACAGAUGAGUGUAAAAGCUUUGGACUGCAGACACCACAACACCAGCUUUUCCUGCUCAUCCCGCUGUCAGUGCCGACGCUUGCACUGCGUACAGUGGCCACACAGACGCUCUCUGAUAUCACUGCAGCCACUGCAUUUUAAUGAUGUACUGUAUAUGAGUCAUUAACCUGUAAUGUUUAUUCAGCACAACUGCAACCAUACACAGUUAUUGUUGACAAAGUGAUCAUGGAGCUUCCUUCUGAAAGUGAAAAUUAGCUUCCUUCUGUCCAGUUUUUUGUGAAGCCAAUGACAGAAAUAGAUCUACAACAGAAAAUGAUACCACUUUUAACGGUCUCACUAGACAUUUUUAGUAAACUGCUGUUCAAAAAUGUAAUACUGAUGAAAAUAUGAAACUGCUUUGAGCUUUGUCUUACAUUUGAAAGAUAGUUACUGUUGCACAUUUGUGCAUUUCUAACUUCACUGGCAGCCUAAGUUUGCACUGAAUCUAAAAAACAACCAAACAGUCAGGUGAAAGUGUUACACUGUGAUAAAGAUGUGCCUGCUAUUUCAUUUUUUAACAUUUUGAAUCAGUUGCAAAACAGACAAAGAUACUUGUUUGCUUUAGUUUUAAUCCUAAAUAUACUUGUAUGCUUUCUUUGACUUUUGA